UCUCUCUAUCAAUCUCUCCCUUGUUGUGAAUUUCGGAGCGAAGAAAAAAAAAGAGAAAAGAAGAUCGGAGAUGGCAUCGACGGCGGCGGUUCCGUUCUGGAGAGCGGCUGGGAUGACUUACAUCACCUACUCAAACAUUUGUGCGAAUCUCGUGAGGAACUGUCUCAAGGAGCCUUUCAAAGCUGAAGCCCUUAAUCGCGAGAAGGUUCAUUUCUCUCUCUCCAAAUGGGCUGGCGGAAAGCCUGAGAAACCAAUUCUGCGUUCUGACACACCUGGAGUUUGAGAUUUUUUUUAGCGUUUCGAUAUCAAGUUUGAGGUUAAUAAUGGUGAGGAAUGCAAGAUAUUAUGUACUCUGCAACAUUUUCCUUCUUUUGACUUUAAGAUUGUUAACAAUGGAGUUCGAGUGAGAGAGAGUGACCUCAUUCCUAUCUUGAAACUUGUGUGUGUUAUUUUCUUGUUUUGCCUUUAAACUCUUUUAUAUGCAAAUAAGCAGACAGCUCUAUCCAUGUGAUGUGAGUAAAGAAGUGUAAAACUCCCAGCACAUUUGAGUGAAUAAAUCAAAAUCUUUGUCAUAAGGAUGAAGAUGAAGUGAUGAACCA